UAACAUAAGUUUUUGAGAGGGAAAGAUCACCGCAACGCUCCCCGACCCUGAGGCACAGACCUGUGAAAUGCAUUGCUAUGGGGACUUAGUCAACUAUCUCAGCUGUGGGAUGAUCCUGACAGGACUCGGGCACUUGGUCCAUCACAGGAAGACACAGCCCUCCUAUGGGCGCCACAUGGGACUCUCUCCUCCACCUCGGACGAUCCCGGCCAGAUUAGCCUGGUUCCUUCAGGAGAUGCCGGCUCUCCUGAUUCCCCUACUUUUAAUGUUCACCUCGCACAAACCCUUCAGUAUGGGGAAGUACCUGCUGCUUGGAACCUUUUGCACGCACUACAUUCAAAGGACAUUUGUCUAUUCACUGCUGACCAGAGGAAGGCCUUUCCCACUGAGUGUGAUGGUGGCAGGAGGGUUCUUCUGCUCUCUAAAUGGUUUUCUGCAGGGACACUACCUCCUGCACUGUGCCCAGUUUGAUGAUGAAUGGUCAGCUGACUAUCGCUACAAAACUGGUUUACUGCUGUUUUACAGUGGAAUGGCCAUUAAUAUACAUAGUGACUAUAUUCUGCGCAACUUAAGGAAACCAGGAGAAGUUGUUUACAAGAUUCCUACAGGAGGUCUGUUCGAAUACGUGUCUGGUGCCAACUACUUAGGAGAGACAGUGGAGUGGUGCGGCUAUGCUGUAGCUACCUGGUCCCUUCCAGCACUCUCAUUUGCUGUGUUUAGCCUGUGUUUUAUUGGACCAAGAGCCUAUUACCAUCACAGGUUUUACCAAGAGAAAUUCAAAGACUAUCCCAAGUUACGAAAAGCUUUGAUUCCAUUCAUCUUCUGAGAGAAAAAGCGAAAAGGCGCUGGUCAUCUUGUAAGGGCCGACAAUGAUUGAACCAACAGCAAAUGACCAGCACAGCAACCUCCACCCCUCCUGUUGUAUUUCUAAACAGAAAUUACAUUCAUUUUACAGCACAAGAGUCUGCUAUGAUUUUGCUUGCUGUUGUUACAGUCCUGUACAAAAGCGUUACAACAGAUUGUUUAACUCUUUCUAUACAAA